GGCAGUCGGUCGGAAUGAGCAAAUAAAACGCGAUCAACGCAAAAGAUUCGGCCAAAGACAAACAGCGUUAAUAGAGAGGCACAAACAAAGGGGCAAAAACAAAUGUUUGAAUAAUCGUUAUAAGAUAAUUAUAUCAUAAUGGACGCAGUGCAGCAGCAAACAAACACCAGCAGCAACAUCGACAGCGUCAAAUGCCAGAAGCUCAAGAGAUUUGUAAUCGUCGGCCUACUGAUCACUAUUGGCAUCUUGAGUUGGCACUUCUACGAGUACUUCCACAGCAAGCCGCUGCCCCGAACGCCCGACGACGUCUUGACCCUCUCCAAAAACCUCUACGCGGAGGAGACAGAGGUCAGUCCGUACCUGUACAAGGUGAAUCUCCAGGGGAAGACCACUUCCGGUGCCCACGAUGACCGAGCCCCUAAGAAUCUCUUUGAACUACACCAGGAUUUGCUGGCGAGGGAUGCCAACUCCACCACCGCCCUACUCAUGCGACUCUUCGACAACUAUGAGUUGGAUACUUCCGUGGCCGAGCAACCAAUUUCCGAGCACUUGCAGGAGCAGCACGAUUUCCUCAGGGCUGUGAUGAACACGCGGGUGAUGAAGCUCACCAUGCGAUAUCUGGUAAAGAAGGACAUCGUGAGCAUCGAGUAUGACGAUCAGUUGCGUCUCCUUCAAGAGCUGUGGUUCACUCCAUACUCCAGAGGUCGUGGCAUCGUGGGCAGCUCCAGCUUUGAGCACGUGUUUAUGGCCGAGAUCCGAGACCAGAAGGUCCUGGGCCUGCAUAAUUGGCUAUACUUUGCAGAUCAGGAGCAGCGUGGCAAUGUGGACUACAAGGGAUGGUUAAGCCAUACGGAAAUGGGAAAGCACAACCAAAUGGUGCUGAGCCUGCGACAAACGUUCCACAACUUAAAGAAACCAGUAAAUGGCUUCUUUGUUGGCACCUCACCUGAGCUGGAUAUGAGCCUGUACACCGCCUGCUUUCUGACCACGGUGGAGAAGGAACCUUGCCACAUCCAGCUGGGCCAUGCCUCUGCCACGAUUGUCUCCUUUGGAUGGAACUGGAAUGGCAUGCGCCUGAUAGCCACCGCCUACCCCGAGAGCUCCUAGAUCAUCGUCCUCCACCUCUAUAUCUCGCAAACUCAAUAAAAUUAGUGACAUUCGUGUCGCAGUGCUACCUCAUCAAAACGGCCAAACACUAACCUCCAAACUCAAAGUCAAGUUCAUUUUAUUUUGGCACUUUAUGAGUGCUUAGCCCAGUUGUCGCUGGCAAUUGACGAGGAUGUCAGUCAGGACAUGAACAAUAUCCGUCUGCCUAUCAUUUUAGUUGUUUUGACAACAUUGCGUGGCCCAAGGCCACAUCAUGAAGUUGUUUAUUAGUUCCAACACUAAUAGUUACGAUAAUUAAGAAAGUGGCAAAGUCCAUUUUUAUGAAGGAGAGUAAAAGUGAUUGUGACGUUUAUGUAUUAUGCAGUCAUUAAACCGUCUUCACAAAGGAAAUAUUUGUUUAUGCCAUAACUAAUCUGUAUUUUUGUUUUGACCCAAGCUUAUAUCUUCCCUCAUCCCAAUCUUUAUAG